AUGCCUUCGUCAUCGUGGGCCGCUUCUGUGGCAUGUUUGACAGCAGCAGGCACUGCUGUGGUGGCCUGGAUCUGGCUGAGGUCUCCGCAUGCCAACCGGGCCGAAAUCUUGAAGGCUUUGCGGGAUCUACGUGAGGAGUGCAAAGCGGUUUAUGCCGAAGCGGCUGCAACCGUGCACGAGACGGAAGGGCCUGCCAGCCAAGGGAAUUCAGACGAGGGUUCGGACCUUUCGCAAGUGCUGGAUCAGCCAUUGCUUCUUCAGCACAGCCUCCGAUCUGUCACCGAGCGGGCAGCAAAGGGUUUAGGAGGCAACUGGCUCGCUGACGACUUUGAAACUGCUGUACAGAGCUAUGCAGACGAGCAGUUUGUGAGGGAGGAUUUGGCCGAGCUGCAGCGAGAGCAUCAGAAGGCCCUUCGGGGAGAUCUGCUCCCGGCUGUGCUGGACCGAGACCAAGGCGCGCUUUUCUGGGAAUCGGAGCGUCUGCUGCCGGUGCUCAAAGAGCUCUGCGCCCAUCGCUUGCGAGCGCUGGAGGGGCUUCUUGGAGAGGCGAAGGCGAGAGCUUGCCUUGGGCCGAGGCUCUUGGAGCGCUUGGAGCAAGCGGAGGAGGACUUCUGGGCGGAAGCGGAAGCCUCCGAAAGCUCGGAGUCCAGGCUGCGUGGGCGCUCCUGCUUCGGCCCCGCCUUCCUCUUCCUCGCCCUCGCGGCAGAGCAUGGUGGACUCGACGGCUUCGGCUUCCGGCAGAGCUGUGAGGAAUUGGAGCGGGAGCUGGAUGCCCAGCUGGAUGCCAGGCUGCAUGUGCUUCAGUCCAACACUGCAGCAUGUGGCACCCGCACCCCCUGA